AUGAAAUACGAACCGGUAUCGGACGAACGAUUCGUCGUGACGGACAAAGUUUAUCCUGCACCUUUACGUAUCAUCCUCGAUCCUGAUCUAAACACUGAGGUGUUUAGUAUAGACUCACGCCCAACCGAUUGCGAGAAUCCCAACGACUUGAUCAAGCGGUAUAGUAAUUACGCUCGGUGCAGAGCCGGAAGUGAUAACUGCAGCAACGCUGGCCGUAGCUGUGGACGCCGCAACAGUCAGUCGAUGAAUGGCGGACGUACAUCGAGGUCAGGGUCGCAAUCCGCCCAGCCUGGGCCCUCCGGCUGUCCGUGCCGGCCCGAACAGUCCAGGAGACUGGACAUGUCCAACCGACCGUCGCAGGCGCGGAGUUCUCGGAACCGGCGCUGCACUUACGACGUACAGCCGCCACCGUGUGGUGAUCAAAACGCGCGACGAGGCACUUACGACGUGGAGCCGGAGCCGCAAAACAACCGACGGGGCACGUACGACGUGUCGCAGCCGUGCGCCGCGAUCCAGCAAAACGACCGGCGCGGCACUUACGAUGUGUCGCAGCCGUGCUCUGCCAUCCAAAGGAACGCUUGCAGUGACGUACAACCACAGCGAGAAUCCAACUGCGGACGGUCGGAGGGCAGUACCUUCACGUUGACCGGCACCUUCCAGCUGCUGGGAACGGGAUUCCAGGGACUGUCGCCGACGAGGAACCAACAGCGUGCCCGGUCGUCGUCUUGCAGCAGGCUGCAGGACACCGACGGCGACAUAGACGACUACCUCGACAAUCAUCUCAACUACGACAUGGUGGCGCCGCGAGCUGUGGCCCUGCCCGGUCAGCCGUACGUGCCCAUUGAUGAGUCGGACGCGAACACAACGCCCGACAUUUGGCGCAUGACGUUGGACCACCGCAGCUCGGUGCAGGGAUCGCAAGGGCUGGGCAUCUUUAGUCCCGCGGCGUACGACGACUUCAGCGGUUCGCGGGACACGUCAGGACGGCGCCAGUGGCCGUCGGCUGAACGCCAGUCCAUGCCGUUUGGCCUCAACGAUUCGUUCGCCAUGAGCGGUACGUCCACGCCGCGCAGCCGCCAGUCGAGGGCCAGGUCCGUCGCCCCAGAGUGUGGCUCGUCCCGCAGCAAUCGCAGACGUGACACUUUCGACCGGAACACCCGGUAG